AUGGCGGCAGAGGUUGGAAGUGCGCAGGCAAAUGCGGCCAAUGGCACGAAUGGCACGACGCGGCUUGGCAGCGGAACCAAGAAGCAACUCAUCCUCAACGCCUUUGCCAUGAACACGCCUGGUCACCUUUCACCCGGGCUUUGGCGACAUCCUCGAAACAAAACAUACAACUAUAAGAAAUUGGAUUUCUGGACAGACCUUGCUAAACUUCUGGAUGAGGCUGGUUUCCAUGCCUUGUUUCUUGCCGAUGUCCUCGGAGCCUAUGAUGUCUACAAAGGUCCAGCCAAUGCAGGUCCCGCCCUGGGAUCUGGCGCCCAGUUUCCUGUCAACGACCCGUUGUACCUAGUCCCCGCCAUGGCCGCUGUGACGAAGAACCUUGCGUUUGGAAUCACCGCCAGCACAACUUAUGAGCAACCGUAUUCUCUUGCCAGGCGGUUCUCGACAGUGGAUCAUCUGAGCAACGGGCGUGUGGCUUGGAACAUUGUGACCUCUUACCUCGACAGUGCGGCUCGCAAUUUUGGUCUGUCCCAACAGGUCGAACACGAUGCGCGGUACGAGAUAGCCGAUGAGUACAUGGAGGUCUUGUACAAGCUGUGGGAGGGCAGCUGGCGUGGGGAUGCCGUCGUGGCAGACAAGGAGACUGGAGUCUAUGCGCUGGGUGAACGAGUUCGACAAAUUAACCACAAGGGCAAGCACUUCAAUGUCCCCGGUCCUCACAUCUGCGAACCCUCCCCGCAACGCACACCCUUCCUCUUCCAAGCAGGAACUUCGAAGAGUGGGCGAGUAUUUGGUGCCAAGCACGCAGAAGUGAUAUUCGCCGGAGCGCAACUGCCGGAAAAACUCAAGCCCUCGGUCGAAGCGAUCCGCCAGCUAGCGCGUGAAGCUGGUCGAGAUCCAUAUCAUGUCAAGAUCAUUGCGAGCAUGUGUGUCAUCGUCGCUGAGACGGACGAGGCGGCUAAGAAGAAACAGGAGGAAUUCCUUUCUUAUGGAAACCGAGAGGGAGCCCUCGCACUGUUCGGGGGUUGGACUGGAGUGGAUCUUUCCACUUACUCGGAUGACGAAGAUUUUCGGUUUGUCAAGAUGCCUAUGAUCAACUCUAUCGUCAAUGGAUGGGCAGACACAGUUCCGGGAAGUGAAAACCUGAAGUGGAACAAGUCGCGCAUCGCUGACUACUUGUUAUUGGGCGGCAUGAACGCAAAGAUAGUAGGAUCACCCUCGACGGUGGCAGAUGAGCUUGAACGCUGGGUGGAGGUGGCAGACGUGGAUGGGUUCAACUUGUCUCAUGUGGUGAACCCUGGCUCUUUCGAGGACAUAAUCGAGUUUCUGUUGCCCGAACUUCGAGCCAGGGGCCUUUUUCGAGCUGGACCCGAGAAGCAGGGGGCCACCGCCCGAGAGCAGUUUUUCGGAACACCUUGGCUGUUGAGUGACCAUCCAGGGAGCAAGUUCAAGUGGGACAUACACGAUGAGACACCUCGAUACUUGCAGGCGCAGUAG